AUGAUCUUCACAGCCGAGCAGAUAGCUUGUGUGUGCGAGGUUCUACUGCAGAGAGGUAGCAUGGAUCGCCUCGCUGUCUUCCUCCACACUCUUCCUCCUCCCUUCUGCUCCUCCUCCACUCCUCACCUCUGGGAGCAAGAAAGCAUGCUGAAGGCUAAAGCAGCAGUGGCCUUCCACCAAGGCCGCUUCACUGACCUCUACACCAUGCUAGAGGGUUUCCCCUUCUCCACACGCAGCCACCCAGUCCUGCAGCAGCUCUGGCUCCAAGCCCACUACAUGGAAGCUGAGAGGCAGAGGGGCCGACCCCUGGGAGCUGUAGGGAAGUAUCGUCUGAGGAGAAAAUUCCCUCUACCACUCACCAUCUGGGAUGGGGAAGAGACGAGCUACUGCUUCAAAGAAAAAUCACGGAGUACACUCCGGGAAUGGUACCGCCAUAAACCGUAUCCCUCUACCCGGGAGAAGCGGGAGUUGGCAGCGGCCACCGGCCUGACGAGCACACAGGUCAGCAACUGGUUCAAGAACCGCAGGCAGAGGGACCGAGCGACGGACUCUGACGGUUUCAAAGUUUCUUGCUCUGGAGGAACUGAAAUCUGCCCUUUGUCUGACCUCGACUCCUCACCUCCUGACAGCCCGAUUCUCCAACACUCCUGCCCUGCACCUCCACCCUUGUCUCACCCACCACCACCACCAACUCUGCGUCACAUGUGUGGAGGACUCCUUUGAA